AUGACAGCAGAACGAAAGCCUGACCAUGUGAGCAAUAUUAAUGUAAAGAAGAUAAUUAAGUUGACUUUGAUCUUUAUCUUAAUAGCUUCCUUCAUACGGACUAGUCAACCCACUCUAGAACUCUCUAUUAAGAAACUAAGGGGACUACUCAUCAGAGGACAAGAAGAGACGGUUGCAACUUCUGGAACAACGUCCACAGAUGAAUUGCCACCGAUAUUUGAUAGAACCUUAAUGGACUUUGAUGACUUUAACACACCUAGUAAGGGAAGAUUAUUUAGUUUUAUUUUUCUUUGUCUCCUCCUUGUGAUUCCAUUUUUUAUCUAA